AUGGAGGCGGCUGCCGAACGGCGGAGGGAGCGGCGGCGGUGGGAGGUGGCGGUGAAGGCCGAGAAGCGGAGCCCGCGGCGUUCCGGCUCCCGCUCGGCCCGUGGCAGCCAGUCACCGCCGGCCGAGGAGCGGCGGGGCAGCCGCGGCAGGAGCAGCAGAUCGCCCAAAAAGAAGAGCAAGUCUGGCCGGAGGAGCAAGUCUCCGCGCGGCAGGCGGAGCCGGAGCCCGCACCACGGCGCUGUGAGGGUAAAGCAGAGUUGCUGCUCUUUCAAUUCUAGUUUCAUCAUUAUAAGUCUCUCUUUUUCAUCUCAGGAACGAGAUGAUCAUCCUCGUAGAGGAAACGAGGAGCGAAAGCAGCGAUACCCAUCAGAGCAAGAACACAGGCGAGACAGAAGUAGUGACAGAGACAGGCACAGAGAUCACUCAGACAGGAGGAAAAAUCCAAGUGAAAGGCCUGGAGGUCGAGGCCACGAGCGAGAGAGAGAUGUUCAGAACAUCCGCGAGCAGCAAGCAGAGAGGGAGUUCUAUAAUGAGAGAAGACGAGAGCAUCGACAGAAUAACGAAGGGAGUGGUGUUGACCAGAACCCAGAACACAGGCAAUCUGAUAACAAACCAAAAGAUAAAGCUGCAAACAAAGAAAAACCAAGCUUUGAACUGUCCGGUGCGCUCCUGGAGGAUACCAACACUUUCCGAGGCGUUGUGAUCAAGUACAGCGAGCCCCCAGAAGCUCGGAUUCCAAAGAAACGAUGGCGCCUUUAUCCUUUCAAAAACGAUGAGUUCCUGCCUGUCAUGUACAUUCACAGGCAGAGCGCGUACCUGCUGGGCAGGCACCGCAGGAUAGCAGAUAUUCCCAUCGACCACCCCUCCUGCUCGAAGCAGCACGCUGUGUUUCAGUACCGGCUUGUGGAGCACACUCGUGCCGAUGGCACAGUUGGCCGCCGAGUAAAGCCAUACAUAAUUGAUCUUGGCUCUGGUAAUGGUACUUUCCUAAAUAACCAGCGGAUUGAACCUCAGCGUUACUAUGAACUAAAAGAAAAGGAUGUACUGAAGUUUGGAUUCAGCAGCAGGGAAUACGUUCUUCUCCACGAAUCCUCAGAUAAAUCUGAGGCCAACGCAAAGGACGAUGACGAGGAGGAGGAGAAGGAGGAAGAGUCUGACAGUUAACAGCCAAGAAGGAAACUGGGGGCAGGGAGCAGGGGAGAGAAAUUUUUUUUUUCAAUAAAACACACAUUGGGAUGUAAACAUUGGAGCAUCACAGCACUGAUGCCUCUUACUGCCUUAAAGUCCUUCUUCUGUUGCUGAAUGGUUCUCAUGGUUUAUUCUGGGGGACCUCACUGCUUAGUCGUCUUGGAUAGGUCUGCAUAUCAGGAAAUCCAACUCUUUCCCCCACCCUGACAAACAAAAGAGCACCUGGAUGUGAAUGUUCUGAUGCUGGAAAUAUUCAGCAAAUGUUCAAAGACUUCUAGAAAAAAAUGAUGUAGAACGCAGCAAGCGUAUUUAAAAUUAUUUUUAUUAACUGUUUUGUCAUAAUCCUUUGAAAAUGCUACUGAACUGAGAUCUUAGUUAAAAAGUAACCUGAUACAUUUUUUUUGUAACAUGUCUUGUUUGGUAGAGUUUGCCAAAUUCCUUGGCCAGUUAGGAGUUCUAGACAGGAGAAUUUACCAGGCUUGCUACUAAAGGGGCAGAAAUGUUGCAAAGCCCCCCAGGUAUCUGCAUGUCUUGGGUAGCUGGUUUGCACUGUGAUAACUCUGAGCAAUGGGCAUUUCACCGGGAUGUACUGGCUGCGGGUUACAAGGUAAGUGAGAAUACAAGGAAAUGCUUCCUGAGGUUUUGGGUUGCAGUAAUAUGGGCUGGGAGGGCUGAGGUCCAGUCAGUGCAGGUCCAGUACACAUUGCAGCAAAGAAUGCUGAAACUGUUACUGGAUAUCGAGUGUCUCCUCCUGAAGCUCGGGCUUUUAUUUCUGUCAGCUCCAUGAGUAACUUAAUGUUUUGGUUUGUAAUUACGUAUUGUACCUGUUACCUGGUGGCAUGUUUUUACCGGUUUGCACUAUUUAAGUUUUCUUUAUAUAAAAAAAAAAAAAUUAAACUAUCCUUUGUUUAAAACAUUCUCCCCCCCCCCCCCUGUAAAAGAAAACAAUGCUUUAGGAAGAGGAAAAAAAAAACAAAACAAUUCCACUUACUGAAAGAAAAUGCAUCUUACCUGUUUGUGGAUGUCUUCUUCCUAUGGUGUGCUUGUUGAUAAAAGAAACGUGACGUUUUCCACUCUGUUGACUGAGUAGCCUGGGUGUUUGUUCUGUGGUCGCAUACACUCUUCAGACAUGCUGUGUACAUACACCGUGCAUACAAACGUUGCAUACUGUAUACACACGCUCGAACACGGAUGGUGUAAAUAGGGGGCGCUGACGUAGGUUUUCAAGUAGUAGGCAGAAUGAACUUUGACUAGAAGGAUCUCCUUUAUAAUAUACUCUAGAGGUUUUUAAAUAAAGAAUUUGUAAAUUCAGCCCUA